AUGACCCAAAAACUCUUCAUCCUGAUCUACAAGGGCGAGCCUCUGGACUACACCGAGUACCGCCACACAGCACUCUACUUCCACUUCGCCUCAUCCACUCGCGCAAUUCUGCAUAUUAUCGGCUGCCCGGGUCUCUUCCGCUACACACACAACGUCAACGUGGACCCGUCAAGUCUCGGCGAUCUCGUGAAAGUCGUCCCCGUGACAGAAAUUCCCACAUCCAUCGCCGAGGACUCAAUAUGUGAAACCGUCUCGCGGACGCCAAUCCGAAACGGUCGACUGGACCUCGACUGGAACUGUCAGAACUGGGUUGGUGAUGCCUUGAAACGCCUUGUUGAUAGGGGAUGGAUUACGAGCGAGCAAAGGGGAAUGGCGAUUGAUCGCAUGGCGGACGCGUGUUUGGAGGCGGGGGAUGAUGGGUCGAUUCCGGUGUUCUAA